AUGAAUGGACGUUACGUGCCGCAGGAGGUGCUUGGCACAGGAACCUAUGGACGGGUGUUGCGCUGCAAUGAUGUACUCACCGGCAGACAGGUCGCCGUGAAGGUUUCUCAGAGAGACGCCGCAUACCGUCGUUCUGCGAUGAAUGAGAUACGUGUUCUCCAGCUCCUUUCCCACACUGACAAUGCACUGAAAAUGUUUGAUUUCUUUGAGGACAGUGGUCAUCUCUGCAUCGCUUCCGAACUGCUUUGCACGGAUUUUUAUGAGGUGCUUCGCAAAAAUGGUUUUCAACCACUUUCAUUAGACACCGUGCGUAUUGUUGGUGAGCGUGUUCUCCGGGCCCUGGCGGAGCUGCAUAAGGCGGGUUACAUGCACUGCGACAUUAAACCAGCGAAUGUCAUGCUUCGCUUCAAUGAGACGGACCGCAGUAAUUUGAGUGACUUUACAAAAACAUGUCUUAUUGAUUUUGGGGCGGCGCGACAGUUUCACGAGAAUACCUACUAUGAUGUUCAGUCGCUUUGGUACCGCGCUCCUGAGGUGAUGUUGGGGUUGCCAUACACGUCGCAUAUUGACUCUUGGAGUGUUGGUUGCCUUCUCUUUGAAUUAUACACGGGGAAACCACUUUUUGCGGGUGAAAAUCCGAGAGAACAAAUGACUAGCAUUAUGUGCACCGUUGGAAUGCCUCCCAUGGAAGCCUUCUCGAGUGGAGCCAAUGUGGAAAAGCUACAAUUGCCAUGUCUUGCAAUGGACGUGAACGCAGAGGCUAAUCUUCGAAAUCUCAUUGCAAGCUAUCGUUGCAACAACACCGGUUUCAAUCACUCUUAUCAGUUGGUUGGGGAGGAAUCGGCGUUCGUGAACCUACUGUGCGCACUGUUGCAACCGGAUGUGAGAUGGCGGCUGUCUUGCACGGAUGCGCUGCACCACGCCUUCUUCACUUCUCGUUGCCUCUAUCAUGGCAAUAUUGUGAGUGCCAACUUCUCGGUUUUCAGCCCGAGUAGUAAUGGUUUACAGUCGUCAAUUGAUUCUAAUUUUGGGGCUGUUUUUUCAUCUACGGGAAACGAUGCACGUGGGUUUGGUGGUUUUGAACAUCUCGUGCCUCAGCAGACACAGCCACAUCCUAAUCCACACCCACAGCCACGGCUAAAAUCGGAAUCCUCACCUAUUUUGCCUGCGAAUAGUAACUCUGUUCCUCUCGUGGGUUUGGUCGGCAGUCCGCCAGGUAUGGUGUUGCCCGGGACACGGCCACCGGCAUCAUCCCAGGUAAACAUCCCGUCUUCUCGUGUUGUUCUUCAAAAUGUGAUGUAUCCGACCCCGCCCAUGAAAAUCAUACAGCCGGUUCCUUUCAACACACAGCAGUCGCAAAAAGCUCUGCAACAACCUCAGCGCGUAAGUGCGAACAUGCUUCCCGUGAUGGUCUCCGCCAUUGGAAAUCCAUAUUCCUUUCCGCCAUGUGUCCGACCUGAGUGUCAGGUCCAGAAUUGGGAACCGGUGAUUUUUCAACCUCAGCAGCAAAUUCCGCCAGAAGUGACGCCCAUGUUUCAAUGCAAGAUACUUCCUGGCGGCUGCCAAUACAACUAUCAAGGCGGCGCAGACCCAUCGUUUUACGGUGCUUCCAUAAAGAGUGGUUUACACUCUGCGGUGUACGUUCCGUCAUAA